AUGAGUAAAUCUUCUAAAUUAUGUCGAAAGACUUCUUGUCCACAAAGCAAUAUAUUCUGCGAUCUCAUUGACAAAAUUGUUAAAAGACCAUCCUUGCAGUUUUUGGGUCAGCGGGGAUAUCACUGUUAUGAACCCAGGAUUUACAGAACACUGGCAAAAAUUCUGAGGUACGGAGACUUGCAUCAGUUUGACAUACUACUCACAGAUUAUAUUGCAUUUGUGGAAAAAUCAAGAUACUGUUUUGAACUAAAUUUUAAUCUUGAAUUUACUGAAAUAUGUGUGAAUACAAUUCUGUACUGGGUUUUCGCCAGAAAAGGUAAUCCUGACUUUGUGGAAUUGCUCCUCAAGAGGGCAAAAGACUAUGUUCAAGACAGAAGUUGUAACCUGGCACUGAUAUGGAGAACUUUCACACCAGUAUACUGUCCAAGCCCAUUAAGUGGAAUCACACCUCUACUUUACGUAGCUCAGAUGAGACAAUCCAAUAUCUUAAAAAUACUCCUGCAAUAUGGAAUCAUAGAAAGAGAAAAAAACCCUAUCAACAUUGUGUUAACAAUAUUGCUCUACCCCUCAAGAGUGAGAAUAAUGGUUGAUCAUGAACUGGUAGACAUCCAGGAAGAUGCCAAAACAUGUUUAGUGCUUUGUUCCAGAGUGCUUUCUGUCAUUUCAACCAGGGAAAUAGAGAUGCAGCUAAGUUUAGGAAGACGUCCAAUUAUUUCAAAUUGGCUGGACUACAUUCCUUCAACAAGAUACAAAGAUCCAUGUGAACUAUUACAUCUUUGCAGAAUAACCAUCAGGGCUCAACUACUGACCAACAAUAUGCUCCCAAAUGGAAUAUUUUCACUUCUAAUUCCUGUUCGUCUACAGAACUACCUGAAUUUAGAAUGCUAAUGCACGUCUUUUUCUUCAUUCUUUAAGGAUGCUCACUGUUGUAUGGUUUAGAAGUUAAUAAACUAUUAACUUCA